CAGGGCCGUGGUCUAGUGUGCAUUAUUCUCACUGCAGGUCAUGCACAGAAGCUCAGUAAAGAAAUUCAGUAGAAAGAAGGUGCUCCUCAACUCAUGAUGGUUUGACUUAGGAUAUUUCAACUUGAUGAUGGUGCAGUAGCAACUACUUUGGAGAUGAAACUUGAAAUAAUUACCCGGCAUGAAGGAUGAUAAAAGUGGCAGAUAUGGCCACCUGAAGGGGGUGCCCAAAGCUCUGCUUCCAUCACCUCAAGGCAAGAGGAUCCUUGACCACUGGUGGGAUGCAAUUAAUACGCGUCAGCUUUUCAGUAAUGUAUUCCUGGUCACCAAUGCAGACAAGUACAAAUAUUUUGAACGUUGGGCAACCGCCUCAGAGUUUCCUGUAGAAAACAUAAUAAAUGAUGGAUCUACCACUGAAGCUAAUAGCAUUGGUGCGGUUUGCAGAUUUGAACUUACUCUUCGAGUCAAGAAUCUUUGGGAAUACGAUAUUCUUGUCAUUGCUGGUGAUAUGCUCUUCCAGGUAAUUAUCAUAUAUGCUAAUGUUAAAGGAAUCUGAAUAUUGCUGGGGCUGUGGAGUGUGUGAAGAUAGGCACUGACCAAAAUUUACAUAUUGUUGUUCUGAGUUGCUUUUAUAGCUUUAUUUUGCAGCCAUACCUAUACAGUGGAACCUUGGUUUUCAUCAUUAAUUUGUUCCAGAAAGCCUGACGAAAACAGAAUUCGAUGAAAACUGAAGCAAUAUUUCCCAUAAGAAAUAAUGUAAAUCCAAUUAAUCCGU